AUGACUAUUGAUCUCACUUGCCCAGAAGAAAAUUUCCAAGCAUCUAAUCCGGAAGAAUUUGUGAUUGCCGCAAAUUUACAUCUUAUUCGGCCUAGGUCUCCCCUGCUCACUGACUGUGUUCGCAGCCUAUGUGCAGAAAACCCAGACCCUGCCAUUAUUGACCAUCUCCAUGGUGAAACCGCUUUGAAUCUUUUCACAAUAGUAACCGGUAACGCUCUAUUUCCAAAAUUGGAAGAAAUCCAACAAUGUUCUGAUUUAUCUACAGCGAUUCAUGGACUUAUCUUCCAUCAACUCAGAGCAUUCUCCUCUUUCCCUCUCGCAACUACCCCGCUAAAAAAGGCACUUGAACGCUGGGAGGUUGCAUGGGUAAUACGCAAUGGAAUCAUCUCCGAGCCGAAUGAUCCGAGAAAAGCCGAUCAAGAAUGUGCCUUGUUCGAAAGAGCCGGAGAAUUCGCCCUUUUGGCUCGCGUUCAUGUUGAAAAAUCAUAUCUAUCUGCCAAAGAGUGGGAUAAGAUGAUCACGAAUCUACCUGGAGAGCCGUUGCAGAAGACUGGCGAGUAUCUUGCGACAUUUGAUCAAACUGGCAUGGACCAUGUGGCCAACCUAAUGUUGGCCGUUCAAAAUUUGGAUUUUAAUUGA